GCCUGCUUGUGACACUUUCCCCAAAUUGUAGCGUUGACUGUCGGAGGUGGGACGGACAGUCGGAGGGAGAAGCGAGAAACACUCGAGCGGGCAAAAGAUUCGCUCUCUCUGUUUGAAUCUCGUUUCUCACGCAGACGGUCACUGAUGAUCACGGAUAAUAUCGAGGCUUUGUGCGGGCGGGUAAAUAAAUAUCUCGCACGCUGACGUCGCGAUCCAGAAGCUUCACCGCUGCGCGCAAGAAAACAAGAGGAACCAGGAUCUCCGACUCCUCGGGACUGCGCCGCGCACUCCGGGAGCUCCCUGGGACUAAAUAAACGAUCCGCUGAGUGACAUGAGAUGUGGUCAGUAUCAAAUCGAGCCUGACAUUCAAGAGGAACAAUUCAUCGUGAGUGAAUUCAAACGCGGCGUUGAGCGCGAGGCGGACCGAGACGCGAAACACCGCUGUCUGUUUGUAUUCCGUGUCAUUUGCCCCCCUGUUGUUCUUUUUUCAGACUCUUAAAGGCAACUCUAAAAGAUCUGGUCGUGUUCCCCGCACGCUGACUUACUGGACUGACUUUUCCGAGAGCUUACACUCUGAGGAACAACGUGUUUAUGGAUUGCUGCGCGGCGAGGAACACCGGGAGUUGUAGGCUACGCGCGUCUGCAUCGAUCAUGUUGAUACCUCGCUGUUGCUGUGAACUUUGAUAGAUGUUUACAGUCAGAACUCACUAACAACACACACCAGCGAUUUAAACGCAUCAGCUCAGACACGCUCAGAUUUGACCUCUGGAGGAAGUGGGAAGCGCCUUUUCGCCCUCCCUCGGUUUUUUUCUCCACAAGACGUCAGGACGGAUCUGUAUCAGUGAGCCGGACUCUCCUUCUGUGAUUUAAACAAAGACCAAAGUGUUUGGGGAUAGCAUGGCAAUGGUAGUAAGCCAGUGGCCAGAGAACAUUUCGGCAGAUCCGGGGUCUCAGCUCCAGAUUUGCGGCCAGGAGCCCGGCGGGGCACCGGGGACUCCCAACGGUUCCACACCGGGGAACGAUGCACUUUCCGGGGACAAGAUCCCCAACGUGGACUGCAUGGUGUGCGGGGACAAGUCCAGUGGGAAGCAUUACGGUCAGUUCACCUGCGAGGGAUGCAAAAGCUUCUUUAAGCGCUCGGUGAGGCGGAACCUCUCGUACACCUGCCGGGGCAACCGAGACUGCCCAAUCGACCAGCACCACCGGAACCAGUGUCAGUACUGCCGGCUGAAGAAGUGCCUCAAAGUCGGCAUGAGGAGAGAAGCUGUACAACGAGGACGUACAUCGAACUCUCAGAGCAGCCCGGGACAGUACCUGACCAACGGCACCGACCCGUACAACGGCCAGCCCUACCUGUCCGGCUUCAUUUCUCUGCUGCUGCGUGCCGAGCCCUACCCCACAUCUCGCUACGGGGCCCAGUGCAUGCAGGGAAACAACCUGAUGGGCAUCGAGAACAUCUGCGAGCUGGCGGCCAGGCUGCUCUUCAGUGCGGUGGAGUGGGCCAAGAACAUCCCUUUCUUCCCUGACCUGCAGCUCAUGGAUCAGGUGGCACUGCUGCGCAUGUCAUGGAGCGAGCUCUUCGUCCUCAACGCCGCCCAGUGCUCCAUGCCGCUCCACGUGGCCCCUCUGUUGGCAGCGGCCGGCCUGCAUGCGUCGCCCAUGUCAGCGGAGAGGGUGGUGGCCUUCAUGGACCACAUCCGCGUCUUCCAGGAGCAGGUGGAGAAGCUGAAAGCGCUGCAGGUCGACACGGCUGAAUAUUCCUGCCUCAAGUCCAUCGUGCUCUUCACCUCCGAUGCUAUGGGACUGUCAGACGUUGCCCACGUGGAGAGCAUCCAGGAGAAGUCCCAGUGCGCCCUGGAGGAGUACGUAAGGAACCAGUACCCCAGCCAGCCGAACCGCUUCGGACGUCUCCUCCUGCGCCUGCCGUCCCUGCGCAUCGUCUCCUCCCCGGUCAUCGAGCAGCUGUUCUUCGUUCGCCUGGUGGGAAAGACGCCCAUCGAGACACUGCUGCGCGACAUGCUGCUCUCGGGCUCCAGCUACAACUGGCCUUACAUGCCCGCCGUGCAGCGCGAGCGGCCCAUCUCCCUCCACUACAACGAGAACGGGCCCUGAGGCAGAGAGGAGCUGCGGGACAAAUUCAAGGCUGAACGUCCAUCUGACCAGUCGUCCAUCCAUCCAUCCAUCCAUCCAUCCAUCCAUCCCUCCCUCUAUCCCUUCAUUCUCUGCGUCAGAGGAAGCUCACCAUUCCACUUAAAAACCCAAACCGACAAUAUCAUCCAUUACCGUCCUGGUUACACAAGCCAGCCGAUCAUUCACCGCCAGACCUGGGUGGCCCCUCAGUCGCCGAUGGUUCAGUCUACACUUGAGAUGCGGCACUAGACGGACAGGUUGGUAGAACGGGUUAUUGCGCAGUUCACCAGCAGGUCUGUUGGACUCACUUCAGAUGUCAAGUCUCAAACUCCACGAAAACAGGGGCAGCAAAGGACAAAAACAGUCGCUUUAUUGGUGGUGCUACGCCUACAUUUACAGAGGCUGUGUACAAGCAUCCCAGCACGGCGAAUACUGAGCAAGGGCUUUGCCUACAGGACUCUGCAAUCAGGAGCACAAGGCCCGCUGUAUAUUCACCAAUUUUUUGAACAAGAACGCCAGAAGCCAUUAAAAAAAAAACAAAAAAAAGAAAGACAAAUGCCAAAAUGUCUUGGACUUUUGCAGAUGACAUGUUUUAAUGUGUGUGUUUGUAUUAGCACUGUUUAUAUGGAGAGAAAACUCAUGAUUGUGUCCAUAUGUACAGUAUAUUGUUGAUUCAUAGGCAUCUAUAGCAUAUUAGGGUUCAAUGGGAAAAGCUCAGGUUCAACGGGUGGGAAGACGGACGGACGGACAGACAGACAGACAGACAGACAGACAGACAGACAUGCCAAUAUCAGUACAAGAGCAAGAAGACAAGCCCUGCAAAAUUUACACUUAUCAGCAGCCUGUGCCAAAGCUGACAAAAUGCAUAUUGUUUGGAUAUUUUUGUGGUAGUGUUGGUGAUGAAAAUUUAAUGUUUGGUUUGUCUAUAAUUUGACUAUAUACUUGUUUUUGGGGUCUCAUGGGGAGAAAAGGAGUUUGUAAAAAAAAAAAAGUAAAAAAAAAAAAAAAAACAAAGAAAAGAAAAUACAAAUGAAAGCUUAGGCACUUGCAUUGAAAACCUGUCAGAUCCUACACUUAUUCACUCCUGUCAAAUCACAGCACUGGUAGGCUCCUGCUACCCGCACGCCAUUCGAUCGAUCUACCUUUUUACUUAUUCAAAAGGGCCGAUUACAGCUCCGAACAUGUUGGUAUCACAGGAGUGACACGACUCAUCCGUUAUUGUUUUAUAGUCACGAUUGUCAAUUUUGGACCUUUUUGAACUGGGGGGGAUCAUUUUUUUUGCAAAACUAGCUGUACUUGCCUUAGAACAAAGAUUUUGUCACUGAGCAUUUAUCCUAUGACUGUGCCAUAAUCUCUCGUUACCUGUUAUAACAGGUAUUAUGUCCCGUCAGGGGAGGAAACGAACUCGCGUGAUGUGAAAAUGAUAACGGUUGCUUACAAAAGUGAUGCAAAAUCGAGAUUUUUAAUGCUUUAACAUCAUCAGCACCUUCAUUUAUUUUAGACCUCACACGAGCUCUUUUCCUCUUCCUGAUGAUGUUGUCGUGUUGGGAAAACCCCCUCGACUCGUGUCAUUUGAGCUUAUCGUACCGAUACCGUAGAGAAAAGUAUCACUAACCUCUGAAAACCUCAGUCUAUGUUAAAAUAUUAUCCCAGUUGGACUUAUGACUGUGACUUAGCUUAGGACUAUUUUAAGUUGUUUUUUUUUCCUUCCACUCGGUGGAAGCAAGUUUGUUUUGACAACCUGUCUCACAUUUUCCAACAUGGCACUGUGGUAUCAACAUCGAGUAUUGGUAUUGGAAAAGCCAUCUGGGACCUUAGAAAUCUGCCUGUUGAUAAAGGAAUUCACGGAAAGUUUCUAUGAGUUUGUUUUUAUCCCCUCUACUUUUGUUUGGAAAUAUGGAUUAUCCAUUAAUUGAAAUAAAAUUCUGUUGUUCACAGAAA